CCGCAGCGCCUCCGGCUCUGGCAACAGGCGGGCAAGGGAUCGGAGGCGCAGGACGCAGAAGACCUUGCAAAUCCAUCGGGGAAACCCCUUCCGUGUUUGGGGGACACGAGUGGCGCUGCGUGGAAUUGCAAUCUAAUUGCACAACAUUUUGGAAAAGAGUCUUUUCCUAUAGGGAUUUGGUGAUGCAACUUCAGGCACCUCUCUUGCCUUGAUCUCUCUGUCUGCCCACGAUGUACACCAUCACGAGGGGACCGAGCAAGCUGGUCACCCAGAGGAGGACAGGACCCACGCAGCAAGUGGAGAGCAAAGCCUCGGAGCUGAAAUGCCGCCGCCGGGCCCAGCAGCAGCAGGAGGAGAAGCCCCACGAAAACAUGGCUCCCAAGAUCGUGUUCAACAGAAUAAAUGGCAAAAAGCCUGCUCUCACCAUCCAACCCACAUCAAAUGUAGAAGAAAGCUACACCGUGGCUCACGAAGAAAACGUUCGCUUUGUAUAUGAAGCCUGGCAACAGGUAGAACAACAGCUGGAUGACAGCCGGCAGGGAAAUAGCGGCCCCGGCCCAGUGCAAUAUGCAGAAAAGGCUCCCAGCCCCGAACUGAAAGAUUUUGUGCCUAUAGACCUGGAAGACUGGUGGGCACAGCAAUUCCUGGCCAAAAUUGAGAAUGGCUCCUAGCGAAGGGUCACGGGAAGGCGGAAACCAAGGGGGAAACAAAACAAAUGAUUUUUAAUGUAAGAAAAUGCACACCUGUUCAGGUGAAGAGAGAAGACAAGGGGGAGAGGAACGGGACCGUGCCCGUCCCCAUGCUUGCAUUCGCUCCGGGAGAAGUGGCUGGAGGCACUCUGCUUCUUGUUCCUUCCAUGGGAUGCGCCAGAACCUGAGUAAGGAAGAGUCCCAUGGGUGGUCUGCUCUCAAAGAAGGGAAGCGGGAAGGGGCUGGCGACCCCCAUCCUUCUCUCGCAUAGAGCCAGAGCCCAUAGCAGUGGCCCGGAAGGUCAGGACCUGCCUUUGACAAUAAACGUACCCAGUGCUGCCAACCAAACAAA